AUGUGGGGAGAAACAGUCGAAUUCCUGCGGGCAAGAUCGUUCAAGGGAGCAAAGGACGACGCCGCGCUCGUCCUAACGCCUGACACCGUGGUAGUGGACGAGUUUUUUGAGGUGGAGAAGGUCAUAGGCGUGCGUGCAUCUCUGGAGGGGGAGGACCCCAUCGUCGAGUACCGCGUCAAGUGGAAGGACGGCAGGCCCGACACCUGGGAGCUCGCCCUCAACCUCUCCCCCGACCUGGUGCGCGAGUUCGACGACCGCUGGUGGAACGCGGCGCGCAAGGGCGAGGAGGCCACGAUGCGCGAGAUGCUCAAGCACAGCCGCGAGCUGCUGUCGCAGGUCGUCGACGACAACGGCCGCAGCGCGCUGCACUUUGCUGCGGCCGUCGGCAGCGUGCCGUGCGUCCAGCUGCUGCUGGCGGCGGGGGCGGAGCCGGACGUCCAGGACAGGGAGGGGUACACCGCACUCCACAUGGCGGCGGGCUACAGCCAGACCGGCGCGAUGAUGGUGCUGCUGGAGGCGGGCGCCGACCCCCAGCUGCGCGACAACAAGGGGCAGGACGUACCGCUGCUCAUAGACGGGCUGAGGCAGAAGAUGCCGCCGGUGGCGCAGCUGCUGCAGCGGCGCUUGGCGCUCGAGCAGGUGGCGGCCGUGGUGACGCGCCGGCUGUACGAUGAGGUGGAGGUGGCCGGCAUCCUGGAGGAGCGGGAGGGCGCGGAGGAGGGGGAGAAGGAGUACCUGGUGCAAUUUAAGGACGGCGCCCCUGACGCGUGGGUGCCCGAGCGCGACGUCGCCCCGGAUGUGAUCGAGGACUGGCAGGCGGGGAUGGAGCGCGUGCAGGUGGCGGCCGUGGAGGAUGUGCUGCAGUGGGGCACUGAGCGCCAGUUCCUGGUGCAGUGGGCGGACGGCUCCAAGGCCUCCUGGGAGCCGGAGGAGAACCUGCCGCCAGAGCUGGUGGAGGACCUGCGGCAGCGGCGGCCAGAGCUCUUCAAGGGCAUGAAGCGGGCAGCAGGCGCAGGCAGCGGCACGGGCCGGCGGCGGCGUCGCAACAACAGUGGCGGCGGCAAGGGGAAGGGGAAGCAGCAGCAGCAGCAGGCGGCGGCAGAGGCGGCAGAGGCGGGCCCGAGCGGAAGCGGGCAUGAAGCGGCGGCAGCAGCGGCGCCCAACGGGCAUUUGCACAGCCCUCUGGCGGAGCAGCAGCAGCAGCAGCACCAGCAGCAGCAUCAAUCAGCAGACCAGCAGCAACAGCAGGAAGGACAGCAGCAGCCGGGCAGCAGUGACGCGUCAGCACGCGAGCCACUAGCCGUUCGGUGA